GCACCGCCGGCAACGCCGCGGGUGCGGAGCGAGGGGCACGGACGAGAGGAGCGGCCUCCCGGCCCCUCCGCAGGGGGCGUGGAGGAGGAGGAGGAAAAGAAGGGGAGGAGGAGGAGUAUUUGGGGGCGGCUUGAAGCAGGUGGCGUUCACUGUCGGCUGGGAAGCGGCCAGCUCGGGAGCGGCGCCGGCUCGACCUCGCACCGCGCCGGACAUGGGCUCUGUGGGCGCGGCGCUGCCGCCCCUGCUCCUCGCGCUGGGCAUUCUUCAUAAUUGCUGUGAAGCCUACAAUGUUGGGCUCCUGGAAGCAAAAAUAUUUUCUGGUCCACCAAGAGAGCAGUUUGGAUAUGCAAUUCAACAGUUUAUAAAUGAACAAGGCAAAUGGUUAUUGGUUGGCUCACCCUGGAGCGGCUAUCCUGCUAACAGAACUGGGGAUAUAUAUGCAUGUCCUGUUGGUGUGUCCAAAAACACAUGUAAAAAAUUGAAUUUACAAGCUUUAAUAAACAUUCCAAAUGUGACUGAAAUUAAAGAGGACAUGAACCUUGGCUUGACUCUGAUACAGAACUCAAAAACUGGAGGAUUUUUGACUUGUGGGCCCUUGUGGGCACAGCAGUGUGGAAGACAAUACUAUGCAACAGGAGUUUGUUCUGAAAUCAGUCCAAGUUUCGAGAUCAUAAGAAGCUUUUCUCCUGCUGUUCAAAAGUGUUCCUCUGUUAUAGACGUUGUGGUGGUUUGUGAUGAGUCAAACAGCAUUUAUCCCUGGGAAGCAGUGCGGGCAUUUUUGAAAAAAUUUGUACAAGGCUUAGACAUAGGCCUUAACAAGACCCAGGUGGGUUUAAUUCAGUACGCUAAUGAUCCCCGCGUAGUCUUCAACUUGAAUACGUAUCAAACUAAGGAUGAGGUUGUUGCAGCAAUGGACAAAACGGUUCAGAAGGGCGGGGAUCUCACUAAUACUUUCAAAGCCAUUGACAAUGCAAGACAGUAUGCCUUCUCACCUGAAUCGGGAGGACGCCCGACAGCCACAAAGGUAAUGGUGGUUGUGACAGACGGUGAAUCCCACGAUGGCUCCAACUUGAAAACAGUGAUAGGUAAAUGCAAUGAAGACAAUAUAACCAGAUUUGGGAUUGCUGUUUUGGGUUACUUAAUAAGGCAUGAACUUGAUACUAAAAAUUUAAUUAAAGAAAUCAAGGGAAUUGCUAGUCAUCCAACAGAAAAGUAUUUCUUCAAUGUGUCAUCUGAAGCUGCACUACUGGAAGAAGCAGGAACACUUGGAGAGCGCAUUUUUAGUAUAGAAGGUACAGAUCAAGGUGAUACUUUCCAAAUGGAAAUGUCACAGGUGGGCUUCAGUGCAUAUUACUCACAAAAAAAGGAUGUUCUGCUGCUGGGUGCUGUUGGGGCCUAUGACUGGAGUGGAACAAUAGUUCAGGAGUCUUCAGACAGAGUCACCACCUUUCCAAGCCAUGUGUUUGAGAAGAUUCUACAGGACAGAAAUCAUAGCUCAUAUCUAGGUUAUUCUGUUGCCGUUCUCUCAACUGUGAGCUCUGUCUAUUUUGUUGCUGGUGCACCAAGAUCCAACUAUACUGGGAGAGUGGUGGUUUAUGAUGUUGACAGUGACGGUAAUAUUGCAAUUGUGCAGUCACAGAGAGGCGAGCAGAUUGGCUCCUACUUUGGCAGUGUGRUGUGUUCAGUGGAUGUCAACAAGGAUUCUGUGACAGAUGUGCUGCUUGUGGGUGCACCAAUGUUUAUGAAUGACCUGAAGAGAGAAGAAGGGAGAGUAUACAUGUUUUCCGUCACAAAGAGAAUUUUGGAUCAACAACAACUCUUGGAAGGUCCACAGGGGUCAGAAAAUGCGCGCUUUGGAUCAGCAAUUGCAGCACUUGCAGACAUUGAUUUGGAUGGCUUUAAUGAUGUUGUAAUAGGUGCACCACUGGAAAACCAAAACGCUGGAGCAAUUUACAUCUAUAAUGGAUUUCAAAAGACUAUACAUACCAAAUAUUCUCAGAAAAUCCUAGGAUCAGAUUCUGCUUUUGGACAAAAGCUCCAGUUCUUUGGAAGAUCAGUAGAUGGCCAUAGAGACUUAGAUGACGAUGGCAUUACUGACGUAUCUGCUGGUGCUGAUGGAAAUGUGGUUGUACUAUGGUCAAGAGCCAUUGCAAAUGUGUCCAUAACUGCCUCAUUUAAACCUGAGAAAAUCAGUCUGCUGAACAAGAAUACAGACAUAACUGUCAAAAUAUGUUUUUGGGCUACGUUUAGACCUGCUAAGAAAAAUAAUCAAGUGGCUAUAAAGUACAACGCAACAUUGGAUGCAGAUCUCCAGUCCUACAGAGUGACUUCUAGAGGAUUUUUCAAAGAAAAUAAUGAAAGGUACAUGCAGAGGGAUCUUGUGGUGCCUCAUGAAGAGAGUUGUGUUCAUGAUGUCUUCAGUGUCCAAGAGCCUUCAGAUGCCGUGAAUUCACUCGGUUUGCGCAUUGACAUUGGCCUUGCAAAUCCUGCCUCCAGCCCUGUCCUUGACAUAUCUUCUCCUGCAUCUGUGGCCUACAGUAUUCCUUUUAUUAAAGACUGUGGUGAAGAUGAACUUUGUAUCUGUGAUCUUGUCCUGAAUGUUCAGCAGAAGGCAGAUGACAGCAAACAACAAUUUAUUGUCAGCAGCAAAAACAGAAGACUAACGUUCAAUGUGAAAUUGAGAAAUAAAAAGGAAAAUGCAUAUAACACCAGAAUCCAGGCUACAUUUUCAGACAACUUGUUUUUUGCUUCAUCAUCUUUGCCGAGUGAUGGCACUGAAGUCUCAUGUCAAACAGGAACAGCACAAAGCACAGUCAUUUGCCAAAUAAGCUAUCCUGUUUUCAGAACAGGACAACAGGUAUCGUUCGAUAUUAGUUUUGAUUUUAACCUUAAAAAUCUCCAGAAUGUGGCAGUUCUAAGUUUUCAUGCAUGGAGUGAAAGUAAGGAGCAUCAAGAUUCAGACAACCAGGUCACCUUAUCAAUUCCUUUGCGGUAUGAUGCAGAAAUUCACUUCACAAGGCUUGCCAACAUCAACUUUUAUGAAGUAUACUCUGGUCAUAACAUUCCUUCCACUGUGAAUAAUUUUGAAGAUAUUGGCCCCACGUUCAACUUCUCAGUUAAGGUAACAGCAGGGAGUAUUCCAGUAAAGAUGGCAUCUGUAACAAUCAAUCUUCCAGAACUGACCAGCAAAGACAAUCCACUGAUGUACCUAACUGCAGUCACCACAGAUGAGGCCAAAGGUGUUACUUGUGAAGCUCAGAUAAAUCCACUGCAAAUAGGGAAAAGACCUUAUUCUCCAUCUUUCACAAAAGAGAACUUCAGAGCUUCCAAAGAGCUGAACUGUAAGAACAUGAAGUGCAGUACCAUCAUAUGCAAAUUGGAACAUAUUAUGAUGAAGGGAGAGUACUUUGUGAAUGUGUCCACCCAAAUCUGGAAUGGAACCUUUGCUGCUUUAAUUUUCCAGACAUUACAACUCUCUGCAGAGGCAAAAAUCGAUACACAUGACCCUGAGUUAUUUAUAAUUGGAGAGAAUACCCUAACUAUCCCAGUUACAAUAAUGAAGCCAGAUGAGAAAGCUGAGGUACCAGUAGGUGUUGUGAUUGGCAGUAUAUUGGCUGGACUCCUCUUGCUGUUGGUACUGGUUGCUGUUUUGUGGAAACUUGGCUUCUUCAAGAGACAGUAUGAGAAAAUGACACAGGAUAUAGAAGAUGUUGAUGAAAUUGCAGAACUCACAAAGGACAAAGACUGAAGAUGAGUUACAUGGAUAAAGAGGAGACCUGAGCCACCAACAGUAGUUUGAUCAGUCAGUUCUUCAGCUGGAGUGCCUUAAAGCUUAGUAACAUUUAAACAUUUGUAACGAAAAUGUCUUUAUAGAUGAAAAUAUUUUACAGAUUCUACUCUAUUGUAAGAGUAACUGCAGGACAGUUUGUUUUUUUCAAAAAUGAUUUAUAGUGCCUUUUCCUGUAAAUUUUUGCUUCUCAAACAAACUUAACCCUUAGAACUGGCAGGUCCGAAGUAUACAGUAACAUACUGUGCCAGCAACCUUCUC